AUGCCUGGAGCAGAGGGAGCGCCGCAGACUCUCUACGAUAAGGUGCUGCAGGCACAUGUCGUGGAUGAGAAGCUGGAUGGCACAGUUCUACUCUACAUCGACAGACAUCUUGUUCACGAAGUGACAUCCCCUCAAGCCUUUGAGGGGCUCGAGAACGCCUCGCGCAAGGUCCGCAGACCUGACUGCACCUUGGCAACCACUGACCACAAUGUUCCCACCACCACCCGGAAAGCCCUGAAGGACAUUGCCAGCUUUAUCGCGGAGGACGACUCAAGGGUACAAUGCGUUACCCUCGAGGAGAACGUUAAGAAGUUUGGACUUACGUACUUUGGACUGAGCGACAGGAGGCAAGGAAUCGUCCACGUUAUUGGCCCUGAGCAGGGUUUCACUCUUCCCGGCACCACCGUCGUCUGUGGUGACAGCCACACCUCAACCCACGGUGCCUUUGGAGCCCUCGCCUUCGGCAUCGGUACCAGUGAGGUUGAGCACGUGCUCGCAACUCAGUGCUUGAUCACCAAACGAAGCAAGAACAUGAGGAUACAAGUCGACGGGGAGCUGGCCCCAGGCGUCAGCUCCAAGGACAUCAUCCUCCACGCCAUCGGCAAGAUAGGAACAGCUGGUGGCACCGGCGCCGUUAUCGAAUUCUGUGGCUCUGCUAUCCGAAGUCUCAGCAUGGAGGCUCGCAUGUCCAUCUGCAACAUGUCUAUCGAGGGUGGUGCGAGGGCCGGCAUGGUCGCUCCCGAUGACAUCACUUUUGAGUACCUCAAGGGCCGACCCUUGGCACCCAAGUACAACUCUCCAGAGUGGCACCGGGCUGUUGCCUACUGGAAGAGCCUGCAGUCCGACCCCGGCGCAAAGUACGACAUCGACGUCUUCAUCGAUGCGAAGGACGUCGUUCCCACGGUGACCUGGGGUACCAGUCCUGAGGAUGUGGUGCCCAUCACCGGCACCGUCCCUGACCCCGAAAGCUUCUCCUCUGAUUCUAAGAAGGCGGCCGCGCGCCGGAUGCUGGAGUAUAUGGGCCUUACUGCCGGCACACCCAUACAGGAUGUCGUCGUCGACAAAGUCUUCAUUGGCUCAUGCACAAAUUCGAGAAUCGAGGAUCUGCGCGCCGCGGCCUCUGUUGUCAAGGGCAAGAAAAUCGCCAGCAACAUCAAGAGGGCCAUGAUUGUGCCGGGAUCUGGAGUUGUGAAGGACCAAGCAGAGGAGGAGGGACUCGACAAGAUCUUUACUGACGCAGGAUUCGAGUGGCGUGAAGCUGGUUGCAGCAUGUGCCUUGGCAUGAACCCCGACAUUCUUUCCCCCAAGGAGCGGUGUGCAAGUACCAGCAACCGUAACUUUGAAGGCCGACAGGGUGCUCAAGGACGAACACACCUCAUGUCCCCGGUCAUGGCUGCCGCCGCCGCCAUCGUUGGCAAGCUGGCUGACGUGAGGAAAUUGACCGAGUACCAGACCAGCCCUCACAUCGAGGCGUUUAAGGCAGCCCCAGAGCCGCCUCAUGUGGACGAGAAUAUAUCCGGUGACGAGUCGGACAAGGACCAAAUCGCAGACAUUCCCAAGGACGACAAUGGGCCUCACACCAAUACAUCUGCUGGCACCUCUGCCGGUCUGCCCAAGUUCACCAACCUGAAGGGCAUUGCCGCGCCUCUGGAACGGUCCAAUGUUGACACUGACGCCAUCAUUCCCAAGCAAUUCCUGAAAACAAUUAAGCGAACCGGCCUUGGGACUGCUCUGUUCUAUGAGUUGCGCUUCCACCCAGAUGGAAAAGAGAACGCCGACUUUGUUCUCAACAAGGAACCCUACCGUAAUGCCAAAAUCCUUGUCGUUACUGGACCUAACUUCGGGUGUGGUAGCUCGCGAGAGCACGCCCCGUGGGCCUUGAACGACUUUGGCAUCAGGUGUGUCAUCGCGCCCUCAUUCGCCGACAUUUUCUUCAACAACACCUUCAAGAACGGCAUGCUUCCCAUUCCGAUAAAGGACCAAGGCCACCUCGACGCCAUUGCCGCCGAGGCACACGCCGGCAGAGAGGUUGAGGUCGACUUGCCGAAUCAGCUCAUUAAGGACGCUGCUGGCAACACGAUCUGCAGUUUCGAUGUUGAGGAGUUCAGGAAACACUGCCUGGUCAACGGUCUGGAUGAUAUCGGGUUGACAUUGCAGAUGGAGGACAAGAUUUCCGAGUUCGAGAAGAAGAUGACUCGCGAGACGCCAUGGUUGGAUGGCACUGCGUACUUGAAGAGAAAGGGCCAGGGUGGCAAGCUGGCGGCGAAGGCCGUGCCCGUCCCAACCACAAAUCGGGGUGAGACAAAGAAGGAGCCACUGGAGUGGUGA